AUGGAUCACUACAAUUCUGCUCAACGCCAGGAUGGCUACGGCGGCCAAAGGCAACCGCGGAUGUACAGCUCGGGAUCAUCCAAUGACCAGCAGUACUACCAGGGGGAAUAUGACGAUCAAUACGCUCCGCAGCAGCAAAAAGACAAACGCUCCCAGCGUGCUUCACGCCAACAGGUCAAUUAUGACCAUCAAUACGCUUCACAGCAGCAAGGUGGUUACGACUACGAGUAUGACCCGCAACAGCAAGACGAUUACGGCUACCAGAAUGCUUCGCAACAGCAGUAUGGUGACUACGAUUACCAACAAGCAUAUGGCUCGCAGCAAGGAUUCCAGGCUGCGUCCUCUUCAGAAGCAGCUGGUCCAUCAUCCCAUGUCGCAGACCAUCAGCAGUCUCGAAGACACAAAAAACCAAAGGCCCAUAAAGAUGCUGUUCGAAUGAAAUCGGAGAGGAUGUGGGAGUGCCACAUGUGUGGAAGUCCUUGGAAUCCCGAGAUUCAUGAGGCAUGCUCAGCACCAGACUGCUAUCACGUCCGCUGUUCUGAGUGCAUUUGGAUUAACUACAGAGUUCCCGCAGAUGCCUGA